AUGUACAAGUGUGUCAAGAAGGGCUCCUGCAUGAUUUGGAAUGCAGAAUUAACCAAAGCUAGAGAAUACCUUUCCCCUCAUAUUGAUACACUUCCAAGAUUUGCUUUUGAAUUUGCAAGUAUUGAUGCCUAUAUUGCUGGAAUUUCUGGAGAGAGACAAGAAUGUCAUUCUGCUUUUGAGAAUUUAGAGAAGGCUGAACAAUGUCUUGCGAAUUGUUACAGAAAGGAAGAUGUAUUGAAAAUGAUUGAAUCGAUUAAGAAAAUGAAUGAAGAAUGUGACAAGGAAUUGUCAUCCUCCAACAAACAAUGGUUAUAUGAUUCGUGUGACAAGUGCCAUCCCAAUUAUGUAGAAUUGAAAGAAAUGACAGCUGAACAACAAUUAUUCAACUUUGAAUUGGAUUUAAAGUUGGUCAAUGCUGAGAAUCAUUUCUUGAGAGGAUUACUUCAAUUCUUGAAUGGGUCGUAUUUUAAAGGUUUUUACAAUUUUAGAAAAUCUUAUUUGAAGUAUAAGGAAGUUUACAAUCAAGUCGAAUCUCUCAAGAAUGAAACGAAACAGAGUUCACAAUUCGUUCAUAGUGAUGUCCUAAUAGGUUCCUAUCUUGGUAUCGGAGUCUUUAAUUUCCUCAUCUCUGUCUUACCUCCCACUCUUGCCAAAAUUCUCAGUGUAUUGGGAUUCGACGCCGAUCGAGAAUUAGGUCUCUCUCUCAUGCACAAAACUCAUGACUAUGCAGGAUUACAUUUAGGACCAGCCUCCUUCAUGCUCUGUAUCAAUUACUUGUUCAUUCCAAGAGCUUUCGAAGAGAGAUCCAUCAAUUUGAAUCGUGUGAAACCCAUUUUAGAACAUGUCACACAUGUCUACAGUGAGAGUGGUUUCUUUAAAUUCAUUCAAUCACACUAUGAAAUGAAAUGUGGAAAUAUGGAAUUGGCUCUUCAACACAUGACACAAUGUGUGAAUAUCAUGAAACGAGAGACUGGUUCCACUCCAAAUCAACACUUGUUUGAAAAAAGCAACAUGCUCAUGUUGUCAUGUCAAUUCGAGAAGGCUCACAUUCAACUUGAAGAAAUGCUGUCAAAUACGUCACGACAAUUUGAUUCGAAAGGAAAUUGUGCCUUCUUUUUGAUCGUUUGUAAGAUUUUCCUUGGAGAUGAGAAGGGAGCUUUGGACAUGAUGAAUGGAAAGAAUGGAAUGCCACCUUUGGAAACCUACAUGACUUCAUCGAACAAAUUUGCAAAGGAAAAAUUGGAAUUGUUGAAACAUGUGAAAAGUGACAGGACCAAAUUAUUAAUACCCAUCUUGUUCUUUUUCCAAUUAGCAUAUUUGAAAAGAGAUUUGGCCAAUCUCAAACCUCAAUAUUUGAAACCAUUGCAUGACUUGUUCAUGAAACAUUUCUGUAAUUGCAAUCAACCUCACGAGUUAUUGGAACCAAAAGUCUUUUCCGAAGAAGAAGAACAAUCAAAAGUUUAUGGAGAUUUAUGUGCAGGAUAUUGUGUCAUUCAUGCUCAAACGUUGAACGUCUUGGGACAGAAUGAACAAGCCAUGAAAUUAUUCAAGAAAGCUCUUUCGUAUGAAAACAAAAUCAAAUAUGAGAAACAAUGGAUUGCAUUUUCAUAUUAUGAAUUGGCUGAAUAUUUAUAUUUACAUGGAGAGAAGCAGAAGAAGAAUCAAAUGAAAGGAGGUCAAGAUUUGAAAGUGCAACAAUGCCAGGAACAAGUGAAAGAAUAUUUAACACAAUGCAACAAGAUGAGUGGAUUUCCAUUUGAGGAAAUUUUACACACACGAUCAAAGUUGGCACUGAAACAAAUCGAUCAAGAAAUGAACAAGGUGUAA